AUGGGCAGCGUUUGGUCCCAUCUAUGGGAGCCCCAGUGUGGUCAAGGUCACUCUCUGCUCGGUGGAGAUGACGAGUCUUCCCUGAAUGCCAGGUAUGACAUGGACCUCUUUCCUCAGAAAAUCGGCGAGGGGCAGUUUUCGAAGGCGUACGUCUGCUGGAGUAAGGAGGACUCUUCUCAGCGCUACGCCUUGAAGGUCUUCACGCCGGAUGAGGGCGCCGAGCAUGCCACAAAUGAGAUCCGAGUGCUCCUGUUGCUGGGCCAGCACCCUCGAAUCAUUCGCCUCGUUGACCUCCACAACGAGGAAUCUCGAAACAUGCGCCUGGUGCUGGAGCUCUGCGCAGGCGGCCAGCUCUUCGAUCGCUUGGUGUCUCGUGGUCGAUACAAGGCGGCGAAGGCUGCUUGCGUCGUGCAGGAGAUUUUGGAGGCCCUUGCGUACAUGCACGGCAAGGGUGUGAUGCAUCGAGAUCUGAAGCCAGAGAACAUCCUCCUCGUAUCUCCCGUAAGUGACAUUGACAUCAAGGUCUGCGACUUCGGGAUUGCGAAGAUGGCGGAGCGCUCUGACGGCAGUGUUGUCCGAUCCGCGCGGGUGAUCCAAAGUCGACCCUGGCCGCAAUCCUGGCCGCGCUCCACCUCCUUCAAAGGGUCAGAUUUCUAUCUUGCGCCUGAAAUGCUGCGACAAGAAGAGUACGGUCCGGAAAUCGACCUUUGGUCCCUGGGCGUCACGACCUUCUCGCUGAUCAGCGGCUCUUUGCCCUUCGUCGGCGAAGGAGGCGCGGAGGACUUACGAGGAACCUACAGUAAAAUCGUCCAUCGAGACAUCAAGUUCGACGGGCAGGCUUGGGAAGAGGCGCCACCCACAGCAGCGGACUUCAUCCUCCAGCUGCUCAGCUUGGAUCCCGCCCAGCGCCCCAGCGCUGCGCAGGCCUGCCAUGGGCCGGCAAGGCUCUUCGAAAAGGGCUGGAAGGAAGGCGCUAGGCCCCUGGCUCGCAGGCAGAAAAGGAUAGGACGUGAGCGCCAGGCGCUGUCCCACGGCUUUGUGAAGUCGGCGCUGGAGUCCUUCGUCGACAGUGACCUGGACGACGAGGAGAACUCGGAGGAAGAGGAAGACGAGUCGGAUCUCCAGCUGGACGAAUUAGAGUCAGAAGGGGGAUUGCAACCUGGCUGCCUGCCAGCGAUGAAACAUGGGUACUCCGUCACUGAAUCUCAGACCCGCCCUCCGCUCGGCAAUCCGCUCUUCAACGAUGGCCUUGCAGCGAUGUCGCAGCGACGCGCCGUCUACGCUGCCAAAUUUCUCAGGCCGCCGAGCUGGACGAAGCGGCUGCUGCUCCGAGAAAAGCCCCGGGUGCUGACAGGGCCGUUCGAAAAUCCCGUGCGCCGCUGGGUCCGGCUGCGGGAGAAGGCACGGCAGUUUGCGGAGCUCCCGCCGCCACGGCGAAUCCCCGUGCCAAAGCCUGCACGGCCGAAGCUGCUCCAGGCUGUGGAAGGAGUGCCGCGGGUGAACCCAGAGGCGCUCCAACGUCGCCUGGAUUUCCUCCUCUCUGAUGCUGCAGUGAAGCAGCAGCUGGCCGCACCCCUUCGGCCUGGUUUGAGUCCAUACUUCGUGGAGUUCCAGUGCUGGAGCAGGCAGCUGCGGGAGAUUCGGCGCGUCUACCGCGCACAGUAUCUCCAGAAGCUGGCCGAGGUCACGGAAGUGGAGAGGGCCCGGGAGGCGGAGCUGUACCAGAAAGAGCGGAAGCAGCGACAAGAGAGAAAGGAGGCGAACAUGCAGCGCAUCGGCGAGGAUAUGAAGCGCCGGGCAAUCCUCCGAGACCGGAAACGCAUCGAGUCCAAGGUCAACGAGGUGGAUUCCAGUCAGACGCUACACUUUUCCAUCUUCUACACGCCCGAGGGGAACAAUACCUACAAGAAGACCCGGCAGCAGACGAUCAUGCGACGAAUCUUGGAGGAGCACCUUUUUCAGACUCAUUCCGGUGACCAGCACACGGUGGUCAAGUCCAAGGUCUCCUCGCUGGACGAUGCGGACUGGCUCUUCCGCUUCUCCUCCGACGCGAAGCCCGCGGCUUACAAGGCACAAGCCGGCUUCGACUACACCGAGGGCAUCCUGCGGCUGCAGGCCUCAAGCCUCUUCGAGUACCCAAAGCUGGUGGUCUGGAAACACGUGGACAAGGUGGUUUACACCCUGAUCUGCGAGCCCUUGGAUAAUCCAUUGCUGGCAUCCAGCUUCCUGACGCUCUUCGUGCACGAGUUGAGCGACCACUUCCGCAAGGCUGGGAGCCUGGUGGACGAAGUCUCUGCUCGUCCCGACGAGGUCUUGGCCAUCUUGAACUUCAUGCUUCCUGGCGGCCAACUGCUCUUCGUCAACUCCAACCUCCAUCGCUUCAACAAGUCGCAGAUCUCGCAGGUGCUGAGCCAAAAGGCCAUCGAGAUGGCCCGCCGCUCCAAGCUGAAGCGCCAGCGUCUCUUCUGGUUUCGCCGGAUGGAGACCUUGUCGAGGCUGGUGGUGUCCUCGGAGAACUUGGAAGAGGCUUUCGCGGCUUUCCCAGACUCACAGGCUUCCUCGGGCACCACCACGAGCAGCCCCUCGGGCGUGCUCCUGAGUCGGAACGUCUCCAUUCCCUACUUGCUGCGCCAGUUCGGGGGCUCCAAGGCCGACCCGCAGCAGAAGAACCGACGAAUUCCGGGCAUCGACAACGUGAAGCGCGAGAUCCUGCAGAUGUCCUAUGACAUCCUCGGCGAGGACGAGGAGCGCUACGAGGCCGAGGUCCCAGAAGAGGCCGACUGGAGGAGCCGUGCCCAGCAGCUCUACGGCGAUGGCAUCUUCAAUCAUGAGCAGAAGAUGGCUCUUCUGGACCAGAAGAUUGCCAUGCUGAAGGGGGCGCAGAUCUUCGAGCAGCAGAAGGGUCGAGCGGACCUGAUUACCACGAAGCUCAUUGACGAGCUGGAAGCGGUGAGGCAAGCGGAGCUCGAAAAAUCACAGCAGGAAGAACUGAAGGCAAAGCAAAAAAGCCAGCGCGGAGAAGAUCCGCAGGGAAUGCCAAGCUACAAUCCCGCCGGCGGUCGCAUCACUUGA